UUUACUUCCUGGUCGUUGGUUAAUUUUGCUCUCGUUGAUUUGUUGAAUAUGUGGUUUUGGACUGUUGCAGUAUUACAUGUAUCACUAGGGAUAAGUUUGUGUUACGAACACCUUUCAAAGGAUCGUACAGCUGCACAAAGUACAACAUGGCCAUGUAAUGGUUGUACAACAUACUCACCAAACAAUGCAGUAGACGGAGAUAUCAGUACAUGUAUGAGGGCUAACGUUUUUGGCCCUACCACCCCGUACAAGACAGUAUGGUGGUAUGUAGACCUCGAGGACACAAUGAGUAUAUUUAACAUCAGAAUACAGUUCAAGGAUUAUGGUCUGCAGUAUGAAAUGCGACAAAGAGGACGAAUGGCAGGGUUUUCGCUGUAUGUAUCAAAUACAUCUAACAUUGGAAGCGGUCAUUUGUGUUACAAGGACGGAUCAGAUUUACCUCCCUUGGACUUCAGCACUACCUGUAUCAGUCACGGGCGUUAUGUUAUAUUUUACAACGAAAGACAACCAGGAGUACAGUAUCCCGCUGGUUACGAAUUGACGUCUGUUACAGAAUUAUGUGAAGUGACUGUUCUGGGUUGUCAAACGCCUGGCCGCUAUGGACAAGAAUGUGAUUUGGUUUGUUCAUAUAACUGUCAGGAACAACAAUGUCAUAUUGUUAAUGGAACCUGUCUUGGUUGUACUGCUGGCUGGAUAGGGAAUUUCUGUAACAAAAAUUGUCCCGAUGGAUAUUACGGCAUGAAAUGUAGAUCUGGGUGUCUGGGACAUUGCAGGGAUGGCGUCUCAUGUAAUCACACAAGUGGAGAAUGUAACAAUGGAUGUGGAAAUGGAUGGCAAGGAGUAUACUGUGAUCAAGAGUGUGACGCCGAAAGAUAUGGUCCUAAUUGUGCAUAUGUAUGUAGUGGCAACUGUCUGAAUAACAUGUCAUGCGAUAAGACAAAUGGAACUUGUCAGAGUUGUAAACCUGGAUAUACAGGAAGUUUUUGCAACAAUGCUUGCAAUACUGGAUUUUAUGGACCAAGCUGUACAUACAACUGCUCCAAUUGUGUAGAUGAUACCUGUAACCGUUUCAAGCAAGAUUGCAUUAAUGGAUGUUCUGAAGGAUACAUUGGAAAAGGAUGUGCUCUAUCGUGUACAUCUGGGUGGUUCGGAUUGAACUGUUCAGAGAAAUGCAGUGAAAAUUGCAUUGACCAGUUAUGUGACAACAAAUAUGGUAAUUGUACUCGUGGAUGUUUGACAGGGUGGAUGGGGCAUAACUGCACUAAAGAAUGUCCUGUAGGAUUAUUUGGAAGAAACUGUGAACAAUGGUGUAGUCGACACUGCGCAUUUAAUGACACCUGUGAUAGCAGGAAUGGUAGCUGUCUUAGAGGAUGUCAACACCCAUUUGAGGGUUCAAAUUGUGAUUUCAAAGUCCUGUUACUGAAGACAAACCCGAUUUCCUCAGACAAUGGUAUCCAAUAUGCUUACAUAGCUGUAAUUGUUGCAUUGAUAACACUCAACAUAUCUACGUGUGGUGUAUUUAUAUUCCAAAGGAGGCGAUGCAUGCAGAAAGAAGAAAAAACACCCUCUCUUUACACCACUUGCCCUAUUCAGCAAACGAUAACGACUGACGAAACGAACACAUACCUUGAACUGCAUGCAACAACGAAUGAUAACUCCUACCAAAAUCUUUCAUUUGUGUCUUCUACCUAAGUCAUCGUUUGACAAUGCCGCAUGAAGAAAGCGUGGUAGAAAUGGGAUAAAAACAAAUAAGUAUAAAACAGUUAUUCUAAUUACAUGUCCUUCCUUCUGAUAUGCAGAUGUAUAAUGAUUUAAGUAUAUGAUGUGCAUAUUAAGUUAUGCGAAAAGACAGAUAAGCAGUUGCAUAGAAAUACUAGUUUCGCGAUAAUAUUCGAACAUUAUAUUCAUUUUACGAGAUGCUACUCGAAUAUGAACUUUGUAUGUGGAUAUUCAGUAACCUUAAGUAUAUUAAAAAAGAAAGUAAC